ACAAGAACAAAAAAAACAAAGACAUCAACAUAAACAUCUAACUAUAAUAAAUAGAACUAAUCUCAACACAUGCAUCUGCUUCUGGUUCCUUCACAUCAUUCCAUGCCAAACACUUCCAAAUUCCAAUAACCAUAACUUCAUAAAUCCAUCUCUCUCUAACUUCUUGUUUCUAUUGAGAUUUAAAGUCUACAUACAAAGCACAUAUGAUCUGAUUUUCCUUUUUAGUUAUGUAUAAAAAUCAUGAACAAAAUCUUUAGUUUGAGUUCUCAUUAUUCAAACCUCACUUCCCAAAACAGAUUCUUUUCAUGAACAUGAAUCCUCAUCAUGGUGGAGUGAAGGAUGGAUUUGUAGGAGGAAGUUCUUCCUUUUGUAUGGUUGAUGGUCCUCAACCAAUGGAAGGACUUCAUGAAAAUGGUCCUCCACCAUUUCUCACAAAAACAUAUGAUAUAGUUGAUGAUCCUUCCACAAAUCAUAUAGUUUCAUGGAGCAUAGGUAACAACAGCUUUGUUGUGUUGGAUCCUCAGGCCUUUUCUGUUAGUCUUCUUCCAAGAUUCUUCAAACACAACAAUUUCUCUAGUUUUGUCAGGCAACUUAACACAUAUGGAUUUAAAAAGGUUGAUCCAGAUAAAUGGGAAUUUGCCAAUGAGAUGUUUCUAAGAGGACAAAAAAUUCUUUUGAAGAACAUUAGAAGGAGAAGAGCAAAUAAAUCACAAGCAAUGCAACAACAAGCUCUAGACCCUUCUUGUGUUGAGGUAGGAAGGUUUGGAUUAGACGGAAUCGAAGUCGAUCGGUUACGGCGUGACAGGCAUGUUCUAAUGGUUGAGUUGAUGAAACUCAAACAACAGCAACAGAAUACUAGAACUCACCUUGAAGCAAUGGAAGGAAGGGUUAAAAGGAACGAACAGAAACAAAAACAGAUGAUGCAUUUCUUGGCAAGAGCCAUGCAAAAUCCUAAUUUCUUGCAACAGUUAGUUCAGAAGAAGGAAUGGAGAAAAGAGUUAGGGGAAAUGAUUUCUAUGAAGAGAAGAAGAUCUAUUGAUCAAGGUGGGCCUAGUGAUGUUGGAGUUGGGGAUGAGUUAGGAUAUGAUGCUGAAGAUUGCUUAACUUGUGUUAAAGUUGAACAACAUUUUGAGGAGGAUACUAAUCUGAUUAAUCAAGUUGAAAUUAGAGAUAAAGAGAUUGAUAUUGAAGUGUUUUGGAAAGAUUGGUUUAAUGAAGGUAAUGUUGAAGAUAAAGAUGUAGUAGAUGUUGGAGAUGUUGAUGUAUUGGUUGAGCAACUUGGUUAUCUUGCUUCUAGUCAUAAAUAGGAGGCUGCAUUUCUUUUCUUUUUUCUUUCUACUUUGCUUCAUUGAUUAAUGAGUUAGCUUGGUGGCUGUAUUUGCUUUGGUUACAUUACACAUUUAAGAGUUUAUUGAAAAAGAAAAAAUUUGGUGGAAUGUGAUAUAUACUUAUUAUUGAUACAUGUCCUUAUAUCAAUGAGAUUGGGAUAGUUUCUCUAGGAUAAUUAAUUAACAUGAAAUGAAAAAGUGACUUAUUACUCAUCCA